UGGUCAGAGAGGAGUCACUGCGCGUGCGGACUCAGAGGCAGUAGUUUCAUUUUGUGGCAAAAUUAAAACAAUAAACGGUUGUAUUAAUUUUUUUCUUCUUAUACUGCAAGUUUUGAAUUGAAAAUUAGGACGUUUAUGAUGCUACUUCUUUACUGGGCUGCGUCUGUGUCUGUGUCUGCAGUGAAGCACUCUCUGAAGUAUUUCUACACUGCAUCCUCUCAAGUCCCAAACUUCCCAGAGUUCGUGGUUGUUGGGAUGGUUGAUGAAGUUCAGAUUCUUCAGUUUGACAGCAACACCAUGAAAACUGUGUCCAAACAGGACUGGAUGAACAGAAAUAUAGAUGAGCAGUACUGGGAGAGAGAGACUGGGGGCUUUGUAAGUGCCCAGCAGGUGUUCAAAGCCAACAUUGAAAUUGCAAAGCAGCGCUUCAACCAGACUGGAGGUGUUCACAUUGUCCAGCGGAUGUACGGCUGUGAAUGGGACGAUGAGACGAAUGAGGUGGACGGAUAUGAGCAGUUUGGUUAUGAUGGAGAAGACUUCAUAACAUUUGACCUGCAGACAGAGACGUGGGUCGCUCCUAAACAACAGGCUGUGGUGACCAAACACAAGCUGAACAGUAACAAAGCUUUUUUAACCAGUGUGAAGAACUAUUACACUCAGAUUUGUCCUGAGUGGGUGAAGAAGUAUCUGAACUAUGGGAGGAGCUCUUUACUGAGAACAGUUCUUCCUUCAGUGUCUCUCCUUCAGAAGUCUUCCUCCUCUGCCAUCAGCUGCCACGCUACAGGUUUCUACCCUGACAGAGCCGAGAUGAUGUGGAGGAAAGAUGGAGAGGAGACUCAUGAGGGUGUGGAGAUAGGAGAGAUCCUCACCAACAAUGAUGGGACCUUCCAGAUGAGUGUUAACCUGGAUCUGAGAUCUGUUCCAGCUGAAGACUGGAGGAGGUACGACUGUGUGUUUCAGUUCUCUGUUAUGAACGAGGACAUCGUCACCAAACUGGACAAAACAGUGAUCAGGACAAAUGAAGCCUCGACAGAAGUGCCCAACAUCACGAUCAGCCCCAGCUCCAGCCCCACUGCCGUCCCCAUCAGCGUACCCAUUGUCACUGCUGCUCUUGUUCUUGCUGUUGUUGCACUAAUCGGAUUCAUUAUUUACAAAAAGAAAACUGCUAAUUCUUCUAAACCUUACAUGAAGACGUCACCUGAAAAUGAUCCUGAAAGGAGCCCUUCAGAUUCAAAACCUUCUUCAGACAUAACCAUCAAAACUGAGGUGAUGACAAGUACGUACAGGCUCUCUGUGACACACAGUCUUAAUCUUUGUGUGGUGCUGCAUGUUUUUACUCAUGGAUUUUUAUACUUUGAUGCAUUUUGAAUUAUUAAACAUUUCUGAACUGUUCAGCUGGUCUGACUCACCAGCUGUAGAUUUCAGGUAUAAACCUGGCUCUGCCAUCAUAUCACACAUUUCUUCUCCUACAGUCGAUUGUUUUUGAAUUUUAAAUGCUCUUAUCUAAAGGAAAUAACAUCCUCAGAGGGAGCAACAUACAUGCUGAACAUGGCAACCACUCACAAAGAUCUAGAUAUAACAAACUAGACAUUUUUAUGACAGUGCACAUCUCUCCAUUUGCUGUUUCUUAUCUUGGGAAGAAACAGUGGCUUCCACUAAAACCUCAUAUAUGAUGAAUAACAAGGCCGUGUAACAGAUUUUUACAGAGGAAUAAGUAGCUAGUUAAACUGUAAAACUAGUGACAUGAUA